AUGAAAGCGGUUGUGCUUGCCCUGACUUUGGCCUUUGUGGCCGGUCAACCUCAUAACUUUGCUCCGGAUUUUGCUGCCGGUAAGACUUAUGUCUACAAGUAUGAGGCAAUGCUCCUGGGCGGUCUGCCCGAGGAAGGUUUAGCAAGACCCGGACUCAAAGUACGCACCAAAGUUCUCAUCAGUGCUGCAGCCGAAAAUAUAUUCAUGCUGAAGCUUGCUGAACCUGAGCUCAGCGAGUACAGCGGCAUCUGGCCUAAGGACCACUUUAUCCCAGCAACCAAGCUGACUUCAGCCUUGGAACCUCAGCUCUUGACUCCCAUCAAGUUUGAGUAUGCCAAUGGUGUUGUUGGAAAAGUGCUCGCUCCUGAGGGAAUCUCAACAACAGUGCUGAACAUCUACAGAGGUAUCCUGAACGUCCUUCAGCUCAACAUCAAGAAGACACAGAACGUCUACGAGAUCCAUGAGGCUGGAGCUCAGGGUGUGUGCAAGACCCUCUAUGCCAUCACUGAGGAUGAAAAGGCUGAACGCAUCAUCCUGACAAAGACCAGGGAUCUGAACCACUGCCAGGAGAAGAUUGUGAAGGAUCUGGGGUUGGCAUACACUGAGAAAUGCGUCAAGUGCCAGCAGGAUUCAAAGAACCUGAGAGGAGCUACCGCAUACAACUAUGUCUUGAAGCAAGUCGCUGACGGCAUCCUGAUCCUGGAGGCAGCAGUUAAUGAGUUGAUCCAGUUCUCACCUUUCUCUGAGAUGAAUGGAGCUGCUCAGAUGCAAACCAAGCAAUCCUUGGUCUUCGUUGAGAUUCAGAGAGCCACCAUUGCACCCAUCGAGGCUCAAUAUAUUCACCGUGGAUCUCUUAAGUACGAGUUUUCCACUGAGCUUCUUCAGACACCGAUCCAGCUCGUCAAGAUCGUCAAUGUACAGACUCAGAUCAUGGAGGUUCUGAAUCAUGUGGUUAUCCACAAUAUGGAGAAAGUCCACGAGGAUGCCCCUCUGAAGUUUUUGGAACUCAUUCAGCUUCUUCGUAGAGCUCGCACUGAAGACCUGGAAGUGCUUUGGAGCCAAUACAGAACCAAACAUGCCUACAGACAGUGGAUCUUGGACGCCAUCCCUGCCAUUGGAACUCCUGUUGCUCUGAAAUUCAUCAAGGAGAAAUACUUGGCUGAUGAACUGACUGCUCCUGAAGCUGCUCAGGCUUUGAUUGCAUCUAUUCACAUGGUGACAGCCGACACUGAGGCCAUCAAGCUGGUUGAGAGCAUGGCAGUCAACAACAAGAUUACUGAGAAUCGCAUUCUGCGUGAGGUCACCCUCCUUGGCUAUGGUACCAUGGUUUCAAAAUUCUGUGUUGAGAGGCCCGUCUGCCCUGCUGAAUUGAUCAAGCCCGUCCAGGACCUCCUUACAGAGGCUGUCACUAGAGACGAUACCCAGGAAAUCAUCCUGCUCCUGAAGGUUUUGGGUAACGCUGCCCAUCCUACUAGCCUUAAGCCGAUUACAAAGAUCCUGCCCAUUCAUGGCACCGCUGCCGCAUCUCUGCCCGUCAGAGUUCACGCUGAUGCCAUCAUGGCCCUGAGGAACAUUGCAAAGAAGGAGCCCAGAAUGAUCCAGGAGUUGGCUCUUCAGCUCUACAUGGACAGAGCUCUUCACCCAGAGCUUCGUAUGCUCGCAUGCAUCGUGCUGUUUGAGACAAGGCCUCCAAUGGGUUUGGUGACAACUCUUGCCAACAUUGUGAAGACAGAGCCAAAUCUGCAGGUUGCAAGCUUCACUUACUCUCACAUGAAGUCCCUGACCAGGAGCACCGCUGCUAUCCAUGCCUCAGUUGCUGCAGCCUGCAAUGUUGCCGUCAAAAUCUUGAGCCCCAAGCUGGACAGACUGAGCAUGCGUUUCAGCAAAGCCCUCCACAUGGACAUCUACAACAAUCCCUUGAUGCUUGGUGCUGCUGCCAGCGCUUUCUACAUCAAUGAUGCUGCCACCAUUCUGCCCAGAUCUAUUGUGGCUAAGACCCGUGCCUACCUGGCUGGAGCUGCUGCCGAUGUUCUGGAGGUUGGAGUAAGAACUGAGGGACUCCAGGAGGUUCUCCUGAAAAACCCUGCUCUCAUUGACAAUGUUGACAGAAUCACCAAGAUGAAGCGUGUCAUUAAGGCUCUCUCUCAGUGGAGGUCUCUGCCCACUAGCAAACCCCUGGCUUCCAUCUAUGUCAAAUUCUUUGGACAAGAAAUUGCCUUUGCCAACAUUGACAGACUCUUGGUUGACCAGGCCAUUGCGAUCGCCACUGGACCCGCUGUUCAAGAACUCGGUAGGAAUGCCAUCAAGGCUGUGCUGGCUGGUGUUAACGUGCACCUCGUUAAGCCCCUGCUGCUCACUGAGGUGAGGCGUAUCAUGCCAACUGCUGCUGGUCUUCCAGUGGAGCUCAGUCUGUACACUACUGCUGUGGCUGCCGCAACUGCUCAAGUCAAGGCCAUCACAAGGCCAGAGCUGCCAGAAAACUUCCACAUUGCUCAUCUUCUGAAGACAGAGAUGCAACUUGAGACUGAGAUCAAACCAAGCGCUAUUGUGAACACAUUUGCCGUGAUGGGGGUAAACACUGAGAUAAUCCAGGCUUCCAUGAUAUCAAAGGCUCAACUCAACGCUGUUGUGCCUGCCAAAAUCGCCGCAAGUCUUAACAUCAACGAGGGCCACUUUAAGAUCGAAGUUCUGCCCGUUUCUGUGCCUGAACACAUUGCAGCUGUGCGUGUUGAGACUGUAGCUGUGGCAAGAAAUGUUGAAGAUCUUGCUGCUGCAAGAAUCACUUCCCUCUUCCCUGCCAAGGUCUUGGAGCCACUCUCAAGGGAGAUCCUCAGAUCUAAGAUUAUUUCCUCUGCUGCUGAUAGUUUGUCAAAAUCCUCAGAGAUCCUUCAGGAGGAUAUUGCUAAGAUUAAAACCAAAGCAAUUAAGUUUGAUAAGAAGUACUGUGCUAAAGCUCUUGCCGUUGGACUGAAGGGCUGUUUGAAGGUUGCCACUGAAAACGCUGCUGCCAUCCGGGACAUUGCCCUGUACAAACUGGCUGGAAAGCAUCUUAUUGCUCUUUCCUUCCAACCAAUUGAAGGUGAGCGGGUUGAAAGACUGGAGAUGGAGGUUCAAGUUGGACCAAAGGCUGCAGAGAAGCUCAUCAAACAGAUCAACCUGAGUAAAGAAAUAAUUGAAGAAAAACAGGACUUGUUGAAGCUCAAGAAAAUCCUGGAACCUCGUCAAAGGAACAUCACCUCAUCUUCCUCCUCUAGCUCAAGCAGCUCUCGCUCAAGACUCUCCAGCUCUUCUUCCAGCUCCUCUUCCAGCUCCUCUUCCAGCUCCUCAUCUCGUGUCAGCCGCAAGGCCAUUGAUGCAGCCGCUCCAAUCCGUAAACUUCGCAGCAGCAGCAGCAGCAGUAGCAGAAGCAGCAGCAGCAGCAGAAGCAGAAGCAGCAGCAGAAGCAGCAGAAGCAGCAGCAGCAGCAGACUCAGCUCCUCCAGAUCUGUGAGCAGGUCCAGCUCCGCAUCUAGCCUUGCAUCACUCUUCAGUGCCAGCUCAAGUUCCUCUCGCUCCAGUGCUCGUAUCUCACAGCGCGUGACUCGUCAAAGGUUCCAGAAGCACCACAAGAUGCAGGCUAUCACCUCCCAAGCCGCUGCCAUUUCCAGGAGCAGAAGCAGCGCCUCAAGCUUCGAAGCCAUCUAUCAACAGAAAAAAUUCCUUGGGAGUGAAGUUGAACCUACUUUUGCCAUCAUCUUGCGUGCCGUCAGAGCUGACAAAAAGGUAAUGGGAUACGAGCUGGCCACCUACCUGGACAAAGUUACCAGCAGACUGCAGGUUAUUCUGGCUGCCUUGGCUGAGGACGACAACUGGAAGUUCUGUGCUGAUGGAGCUCUGCUCAGCAAGCACAAAGUCACAGCAAAGAUUGCCUGGGGAGAAGAAUGCAAGCAGUACGAAACCACAAUCACAGCUGAAACUGGUCUUCUUGGUGCAAACCCUGCAGGUCGCCUCAGAGUGGCCUGGAACAAACUGCCUUUUGCACUUAAACGCUAUGCAAAGAAGAUCUAUAACUACAUUCCUAUUCGCUCACUCCCCGGCCUGAUUAAACAAAAGGAAGAAACCAGCGACAAGCAGCUCUCAUUCACAGUGGUUGCCUCAUCUGAGAAGACCAUUGACUUCAUCUGGAAAACACCAACACACAGUGUCUACAAGAUGUCUCUGCUUCUUCCCAUCCCUCUGCCGCUUGAUGAAAUCAAAGAGCUUAUCCCCUUCAAAGACGUUAUUGAUCAAGUACAGUACUUGUUUUCAAAGGCUGGAGCAGCUGAAUGUAGCUUCAGGAGAGACGCACUGACCACAUUCAACAACAGGAGAUACAAGAAUGAGAUGCCUCUGUCUUGCUACCAAGUUCUGGCACAGGAUUGCACAGAUGAGCUGAAAUUCAUGGUUCUGCUGAAGAAGGAUCACAUUGAACAGAACCACAUCAAUGUAAAGAUCGCUGACAUUGAUAUCGACCUGUACCCCAAGAACAAUGACGUCAUCGUGAAGGUCAACGGAAUGGAAAUACCCAUCAACAACCUGCCAUACCAGCAUCCCACAGCUAAAAUCCAGAUCAGGCCAAAGGAUGAAGGCAUUUCUGUGUACGCUCCCAGCCAUGGUCUUCAUGAGGUCUAUUUUGACAAGAACUCAUGGACGGUUAGAGUUGCAGACUGGAUGAAGGGACAGACCUGUGGACUUUGUGGAAGGGCUGAUGGGGAAAUCAAACAGGAGUACCGCACACCCAACGGACGCUUGAGCAAGAACCCAGUCAGCUAUGCCCAUUCCUGGGUUCUGCCAGCUGAGAGCUGCAGGGACAGCACUGAGUGCCGCAUGAAGCUCGAAUCUGUGCAGCUGGAGAGGCAGAUUAACAUUCAUGGCCAGGAAUCCAGAUGCUACUCUGUUGAGCCUGUGCUGCGCUGUCUGGCUGGCUGCUUCCCUGUGAAGACCACCACCGUCAAUGUUGGCUUCCACUGCCAGCCCAUUGAUUCUCGCCCAGAGACCCUGAGCAGCAUGUACGACAACAGCGAGGAUCUCAGGGAAAAAACAGAAGCCCAUCUGGCCUGCAGCUGCACUGCUCAGUGUGCUUAAAAUGGUCUUCUGUUGGUCACUUACA